AUGGGAUCUUUCGCACCGACGCAAAUUCGCUUCGCCCAGCCAUCCCCCUUUUCCAAGCCACUCUUCCCGGCUGCCACCACAACUUUGUCGACACCAACAAUGGCGGCAAACAAGAAGGAAGAGGUCAACGGCCUGGCCGAGCCCGCUAUGCUCGAGAAGAUUGACAAGCUGUUCGCCUGUGGUGUUGGCGAAUUGGUUGAUCUGCCGCAGAUCGUCGUCGUGGGCGACCAGUCUUCCGGCAAGAGCAGCGUGCUGGAAGGUCUCGUCAACAAGCCUCUACCACGCGACAGCGGACUAUGCACCCGCUUCGCCACUCAGAUUGUCUUCCGUAGGGAGGCAUCUGAGGGUAUCGUCGUCUCGAUCAUCCCCGACCAACACGCUUCACCCGAGCAUACUGCGCGAGUCCGGGCGUACAAGAAGGACGUGGAGUCACUCGACUCCGCUGUCUUUACAGAGAUCAUGAAGGAGGUACAUACCGAGAUGGGUCUCUCCAAGACCGGUGAAGACGGCAAGCGCACACCCACCUUCUCGAACGACAUUUUGCGACUCGAGGUCUCUGGACCUGAUCAAGAGCAUCUGAGUGUCGUUGAUGUGCCAGGGAUCUUCAAGAGCACUACCGAAGGUCUCACCACCAAAGCUGACAUUGAGUUGGUGCGCAAUAUGGUCCAUGGCUACAUGAUCAACCCCCGGUCAGUCAUGCUUGCUGUCAUUCCUGCCCACGUCGAUGUGGCCACACAAGAGAUCCUCGAACUGGCACUAGAAGCUGACCCUGCUGGGGAUCGCACGCUCGGUGUACUUACAAAGCCUGACCUAGUUGACAAAGGCGCCGAGUCACAUGUCGUAAACCUGAUGGACGGCCGCAGUCGAUCCAUGAAGCUUGGCUGGCACAUGAUCGUUAACCCUGGCCAGAAGGAGCUCUCGGACACUGAGUUGGACCGCACAAGCUUGGAGGACAGCUUCUUUCGUUCGACUUCGCCAUGGAACCUCAUCGACAAGGACAAGGUCGGGAUCAACUCGCUACGUCUGCGACUCAAGGAGAUCCUAUCUGGACAGGUGAAGAAGGUGUUCCCGAAGGUCAAGCAAGAGAUUAAGACCCAAUUGAAUGCACAGCAGAAGAAGCUCAAAAACCUCGGGCCUGAGCGAGGCGAGCUCUUUGAGCAAAACUCGUUCCUCACCGAACUAGCUACCAACUUCCAGCGCUUAGUGACUCUUGCUCUCACCGCCAACUAUGCCGCUGAUACUGUGUUCAACUCGAACGAGACGCUGCGCAUCGCCCCUGCUGUUAGGUUCAGACAAGACACGUUUGCGGACGAAAUGGCGAAGUUCGGUCAAACAUAUUCGUUUCUGCGUAAGGAUGGCGAGGAUGCGGUCCCUCCACCGCCCGAUGAGGAGACCGAAUUUAACGUGCGGAAGGAAGCAGACAUCGAUGAGCUGGCCGACGUCCUUCACAAGCAGAUCAGCUUGUUACGUCGAGAAGCCGGCGACAUCAAACCGUGGCUGCACGAGAAGUUUCUGCAGAACAGAGGUUUCGAGAUCGGCACCUUCAACCCUUCAAUCAUUGCCACGACCAUGCGUAAGCAGUCGGAGAAGUGGGAAGACAUCAGCUUGGGCUACGUGAGCGACAUCAUCGUGAUGGUCCAAAUGUUCAUUGAGUCUGCCCUGGCUUCUCUAUGCUCCGAUCGAGACGUCCGCGUAGCGCUUCUCAACAAAAUGUCGGACAAACUCAACACUCGCUAUGGCAUGGCCAUGACAAACACCAAGUUCCUGCUCCAAGUCGAGAGGAGCAACACGCCGGCGACUCAAAAUCACUGUUUCAACAACAACUUACAGAAGAGUCGCCAGGGCAAAGUCAUGGCCAGCAUGAGGAAGAACGCAUUCCCUUUAUCGCGAUUCAACCAAAACAGUGUAUUCGGUUCCCCGGACAGCAUGACCCAAGAAGUUGUCCCAGUCAGCCAAGCCGUCGCCGCCCACGACAUGAGCAAUGACGACUUCAUCGUCCAGGACAUUCACGACAUCCUGAAGUCGUACUACAAGGUUGCGCGCAAGACUUUUGUCGAUUCCGUAUGCAAGCAGGCUGUCAACCAUCACCUUCUGCACGGAGAGGAGAGUCCAUUGAUGCUCUUCUCGCCGAUUUACGUGAGUCGUCUCAAGAAGGAGGAGUUGAGGGAGAUUGCUGGAGAGGCGCCGGGCUUGCAGAGAAUGAGGGCGCAGUUGAAGAAGGAGAUCGAAAGUCUGAAGGAUGCGAUGAAGAUCUUGAACAAGGUCUAA